CCACACAUGGUUGCCGGUUCCAUCUACAGUCUGACCAAUUUUUAUGGAUCCUAUAGCAAGAAAACAUUCCGGGUUGCUGAACCAGACGUGACCAUCACGGUCUCAUGGAACUCUGUUCUCUUCCCUAUCAAGGACAGUUCGGUUCAGAUUCCUGCAGACCGGUUCCGGUUCUAUGGAUAUGCUGAGUUUGAAGCGGCCUGUGACCUGAAGAUGGAUCUUCAUGAUUUUGUUGGCCACAUGAAGCUGGUGAAUGGCAAGCCUCUGAGUGAAGGUAUGGUGCUUGAUGAGGCCGAGAUAGCUUCUACGCGACGUAUCUUGCUUCACGUUCAAACCCAUGGUGGUCCUGUGAUGAAGCUCUGCCUAUGGGACAAGGCUGCUAUGGAUUUCUGCCUGAAGUUCAAAGCGCAUGGAAACACUCCGAGUGUUAUUUUGGUGACUACUCUAAACCCAAAGCGACUUGGAGAUAACAAUUAUCAGAAAUUUUCUUUUGAAAUAUAG